UUUUUUUGAAAAUUAGUCUCCACUUUCUUUUCCCUCCUCUCUCUCUCUCUAGAUUCUGAUUUUCUUGGCGACCGCCAUUAAUCGAAACUCUCAAAUUUCUCUUACAAUUCACUCUCCUUCUUCCCUGUUCUUCGCUGAGUCUUGCCCUUCCCUCACUCUCACUCUUUCCCAAUCCCUCAAAUGCAAGAUAUCUUCGCUUCUGUUCGCCGAUCAUUGGUCUUUCGCCCUCCACUUGAUAAUGAUGAUUCCCAUUCCCCUGCAAUUGGAGUUGGAGCCCUAGUUGAUAAGAUUAACUCCAGCAUUCGAAAAUCCCGAGUUUUUUCUAGGCAUUAUUCCCCUUCCUCUGCUCUCCCUCCCAUCCCUAAGGACACUGACCCCCCGAUUCGAUGGCGCAAAGGCGAGUUGAUUGGUUGCGGCGCCUUUGGUCGCGUUUAUAUGGGCAUGAAUCUUGGCUCUGGAGAGCUUCUUGCUGUCAAACAGGUUCUGAUUGCUGCAAAUGGCGCUUCGAAGGAGAAAGCGCAGGCUCAUGUUCAGGAGCUUGAGGAAGAAGUGAAGCUUCUGAAGGAUCUUUCUCAUCCAAAUAUUGUUAGAUACUUGGGCACAGUCAGAGAGGAUGAUUCUUUAAAUAUAUUAUUGGAAUUUGUCCCUGGUGGAUCGAUAUCAUCACUUCUGGGGAAAUUUGGAGCCUUUCCCGAAGCAGUUUUAAGAACAUAUACAAAACAGUUAUUAUUGGGAUUGGAAUAUUUACACAAGAAUGGUAUCAUGCACAGAGACAUUAAGGGGGCGAAUAUCCUUGUAGAUAACAAGGGAUGCAUUAAGCUUGCUGAUUUUGGGGCAUCAAAACAGGUUGUCGAGCUGGCUACAAUUUCAGGAGCAAAGUCUAUGAAGGGUACUCCAUAUUGGAUGGCUCCUGAAGUAAUUCUGCAGACUGGGCAUAGUUUCUCUGCUGACAUAUGGAGUGUUGGAUGCACUUUUAUUGAGAUGGCUACAGGAAAGCCUCCUUGGAGCCAACAGUAUCAAGAGGUUGCUGCUCUUUUUCAUAUUGGCACAACGAAGUCUCAUCCACCAAUCCCUGAGCAGCUUUCGGUUGAAGCUAAAGAUUUUCUGUUGAAAUGUUUGCAGAAGGAACCAAACUUACGACCAACUGCCUCUGAACUUUUGAAGCAUCCUUUUGUUACCGGGGAGGAGGCAGAAUCUCAACUUGCGUCGAGUGAUGCAUGCACGGAGCCCCUGGAAAUCCGUUCUCCUUUAUAUACUUCAGAACAUGAAAUGAGUAAAACUGCAACACAUCCUGGAUCAAGUGAUAUUUGUAAUUUGGAUAGUCUGAGCUGCUCAAAGGUAUACACUGCAAACAAACUAGAAAGUGAUAUAUGGAGAGGAAACAGUGAUGACGAAAUGUGUCAGAUUGAUGACAAGGAUGAUUUUAUGUUAGAUGAAGUAAAAAUCGGCUCUUCUAUUAUACAUGAGAACAUGAAGAGUUAUAACCCAAUUUGCGAGCCUUCUGAUGAUGAGGAUUGCAAAUUUGAUAGAAGUCCAGUAUUAGACCAAGGAAGCAAUUUACAUGAGGAAACUCUUGCUCCUGGAAGCUGUUCUGGAGUUCUUGAUGAGGACCAAAACUUCUCAUUUCCUAGCGGGCGAUCAUUUUCUGAAGAUGAGGAUGAGCUUACUGAAUCGAAAAUUAAAGCUUUCUUGGAUGAAAAGGCUCUUGAAUUGAAGAAACUGCAGUCACCGCUUUAUGAGGAGUUCUACAAUAGUUUGAAUGAAUCCUGCUCUCCAGUUUUUAUCGAGAGUAAACAAAAUGAAAGUACUCCUAAAUACUUGAAAUUGCCCCCAAAAAGCCGGUCGCCAAGUCGAAGUCCUGGUAAUCCAUCCCCAGCACUUGAUGCAUUUGGCACCGAUAGCCCAGGGAGUGGGAGCAGGGGUAAUGCAAAUGAUCAAAGGUCACAACUCAACGAUUGGAAAGGACUUCUAGUUGAUGGUCAGUCGGAAUCUGGUAGCCCAAGCAGCAAGCAUUAUUCUGAAAUACAGAGGAAGUGGAAGGAAGAGCUUGAUCAAGAGCUUGAGAGAAAACGAGAGAUGAUGCGUCAAGCUGGUGCGGGAGGUAAAACUUCAUCUCCAAAGGAUAAAGCCAUGGGCAGGCCAAGAGAGCGGACAAGAUUUGCAUCUCCAUUCCGGGAUGAUGCGACGGGUGCUGGUGCUGGGAGGGAGAACAGGGAAAACUUCAUCUCCUGAGGAAGUUGUGAAAGAUUAGCAUCUUCAAACUACUUCAGCUGGGUUUAUCUGCUCAUUUGUCCUUUCCCCUCUGCCGUCCUUGUUGAGUGUAUGAAGUGAAGAGAUCCCUUGCUGGUUUACAAGCAUGAUGAGAUUCUAAAUGGGAAAAGGGAAAAAAGAGGGACACAUUGAGCUAUGCUAAUCUGUUUUUGUUCUUUUUUCUUAUUGAUUUUGUUGGGGUGGGGAGGUUUUUAGGGAUACAUGUUUUUCAAAUUUGUAUCCAGUGGUGAAUAGAAAGUGUAUCAUUAGUGUACAAUAUAUUCUGGUUUGAUGAUAUAAAAUGGCACAGGUUUUUCUUUCCAA